AUCAACCAACCAUUGAAAAGAGGAACUGACAAAACCAACUGGAGUUCAACUGAGGAUUUUUCGCAUUCCAAGAUCAACAAAAUGAGGAGCUUUCUUCUUCUUCUUCUCUCACUGAUGAAAGGUUGUGAGGCCUGGUCUACAGUGAAAGGAUGUCCAACAGGAUGGGUUGAAUUCACCUGCAAAUAUACAGAGACGAACAGAAACUUUCAACGUAUUGAUGUAGUUACUCCCAAAGAAACCAUAACCAUAAAAAGCACUGAGAGGAAUGUGUGGGAAAACAAAGGCAGAGUUUCCCUGUACCAUGAUGCAAAAAAUAAAAAUCUCAUUGUGGCCAUUAAACAACUUGAACAUAAGGACUUUGGAGAGUACAAGUGUCAAUUUAAAUCCCAUGAUACCAAGAAACUGAUACUUGACAAAGACUGCCAGGGACAAUUUAUUCAAACUGCGUACAGAACAGCUAAAACUACCAUCACAUGUGAUCACACAGGAAACGAAUACAAGUUCUUCUGCAAACAGAACGGUUCAAUCUGUGAGGAUAUUUUAUCAACAAAAUCCUCUCUGAAGUCAAACGGGACAUUCACUCUCACAGAAACCAACAGUGGCUUCAGCGUGUCCAUCAGUAACGUGUCGUCACAUGAUGCUGGUGUCUACUGGUGUGGAGUGGAAACACAUGAAGGAAGUUACAGAGCUGCUCUCAGAAAGAUACAGCUGGAGGUUGAAGAAAUUAAAAGCUUCACAAGGUCUCCAACUAUUGGACAGGAUCUGACAUACUGGUGUCAAUAUUCAAAUGGUGUUUAUUUAAAUAAAUUUAUCUGUAAGGGAGAAGAUCCAUCUAUUUGUCAACCUCUAGUAAGCAUCGCACAGCGCAACAAAAAGACUGGGAAGUUUUCCAUGGAGGAUGAAAAAAGUAGGGAAAAUGUCACCAUAACAGUGAGAGAAGUAACAACAGACGACACUGGGACAUACUGGUGUGGAGCAGAAACCACUGACAAAACACACAGCAACAAAUUCUUCCAAAAGCUGGUGAUGACUGUAGUAUCACCGACAUCAUCCACAACUCUUGUUUCUUCAACUCCAACUACUGUGUCUGCUGAGAGUCGCGGUGACUCUCCGGUCAUCAUUACUGUGAUCGUCUGUGUAGCUGUGCUGCUGCUGCUGCUGCUCAUUUUCAUCUUAAUCUACAAACGAUAUUCACAUUCAAAGAACACAAGAAAAGGAGCAGCGGCACAGAACAUCAGAGAGGAUUAUGUCUACGAGGAGAUACAGCAGCCGGUCCAGGCUCCAGACUCAGGAAUUGAGAUGAACACGAUUUAUGCCAAUGCCAACUUUCCCACAAACCCCUCUGCCUCGCUGCAUUACUCUACCAUCAACUUCCAAAGCAGCUCUGACAGAGCAGAUGGUGAGGCAGUGAUCCUCAAACCCAGCUCUGCUGCCUGUGAAUAUUCAACUGUGAAGCAAAGUGAAACAUACUCUACUGUCAACCAGCCGUCCAGCUCUUCAGAGGAUCCUCUCUACACAACAGUCAACAAGCCACAGCAGCACUGAGCAAAGAUCAGCAGUCUCAGGAAUUUAUGACAAUAAGGUCAAUAUUUCAGGUUAUUCACUUCUUCCAUAUUACAGCUGAUUAUUAUCUUAUUAGAUGACUUAAUUUAUCACAGAUACUCUACAAGGUAAAUGUUUUUAUCAUACAACAGCUGCUCUGUAGUCUGGUGGUGCAACACUUCUGGAUGUCUUUCCAGACAGCAGCAGGGUGAACAGGCUGUGGCUGGGUGGGUACUUUUAGAAUCCUUUCAGCUCUGCGCAAGCACCUCAGCUCACCAAUAUCACUGAUGCUCCGUAGAAGGGUACCAAUAAUCCUCUGUAGAGCCCUCUGGUCCUGGGCCGUGCACAUCCCAUACCAGCUGAUGAUGUUUUCAGUCUGUUGCUCCUCUGUAAAAAAGGACAAGUUAAUUGUAUAUUGGUAUUGUUUUUUGUUUCGGAUGGGUAACAACAAAUGUUUGAAGAAUUAUGUUUUUGAGCCACAAUGAGACAUUUGUAGUUUUGAGUGAAAUAUCUCAACUCUUGGAUGGAUUGCCAUGAAGUUUGGUUCAGACAUUUACCGUAUGUCCCCCUCAAGAUGAAAUGUAAUAACUUUGAUUUUCAUCUGGUGUCAUCAUCAGAUCAAAUGUUUAUUUGUUCAAUCCUUUAUGAUGAAAUAUCUGCACAACUAAUGACCCAUGGGCUUAGUAUAGUAAAAGGAAAAUCAUUAAUGAAAUGAGACGUGUUUUGUGUCAUACUGUGUUUCAUAAAGUACAAAACAACAUUAAAAUGUUGCUGAUUA